CCCCUGCGCGACGACGACGACGACGACGACGAGGCCCGGAUCGCGAGUGCGCCGCAGCCGAUUUAGCGUGAACGACAGGACUGUCAACCGCGUCGCUCGACAACUUGCCACUGCAAUUUCUCACUCAUAAUGGACCAUGCGCAAAGUACAAGCGAAUGUACGAAUAUGGAGCUGGUGAGGCAGUCGUACAUUGCCCGUAAUACUUUUUCUCAGGGGGCGUCGUGGAAAUAUCAAAAGUUCUGGCUACCGUAGACUUCCCAGUGCACAGCUGAGACAACGGAAUCUGAGAUGGACUCCCCGCCAUCGUGUUCGCUGAGCGCUGGGCCUCUCAGUGAUCUUGGUAGCAGUGGCCUGGGGGGUUCAAUAUCCAGCGAUUCCGUUAGGGCACAUCUUGCGAUGGAGAUGCAGGAGAGCGACAUAGAGAGCAAGUCUCUAUCGCAAGAUUCUUUCGAUUAUUCGGACGGCAUGUGCGGCGAGAAUUUUAACACCCUGAAGAAGGGCCCGGGCUGGGGUGACGCGGACGGCAAGCUGGAGGUCGAGGUGGUCGACGUGGCGAUCAAGCCGCCGCCGGAAUUCCAGGACAGCCCGUCGCCACCGGACUCGGAGUCCUCGUUGGCGCCGAUUCUCAACUACGCGCGGCUAAUGAGACGCCGUACGCCGCGCUGGAUCGACGACUACGCCGAGAACAUGAUACAGUUAAUGGUGGAGGAGGCACUGGCGAUCUCCUGUCGCAUCUCCUGGCCGGAGGGGCGGAUCGCGCCGGUCACGAAUCCGGUCUCGGUGGUGACCCGGUGCCAGCAGACCAAUCCCAAGCGCAUGUGGGAUCUAAUAACGCCGCCAGUGUGCCAGGGCGCCGCCACAAUCACUAUUACUCCGUACAACACGCUGAACCGACCGAACUCACGCUGCUCGCUGGCCUCCUCGCGACUGUCCAGCUCCCACAAUUCCAUCAACACCACCGGGCUCGGCCACAAGGCCGACGACAGCAGCUUCAUCACGUCCGCGAUGUCGCACGACGUGCUGACGACAAGUGAAAUAAGUGACAUGUACAAUGUACCAUUCGAUUCGGACAUUUAUACAGUGCCGAUCGACGUGGUGCGGCCGCUGCACGAUCUGCGAACGCCGCAGCGGCCUAAGCGGCACCGGCAUCAUCGCAAGAGGCGGCGGAACGUUUCCGCGAGUUCGCAGAGCGAGUUGGAGGCGCACAUCCAGCAGGCGCGUCAUUACUGCGGCAAAUCCCGUGCCAUCACGCACGUCAUCAAGUCGCAGCGUUUGUUGGCCGACGUGUGCUGUAACGAUAGUGGUGGCGGCAAACGACACAGCGUGCCGGGUACUUCUGGCCGUCACAGUGUCAGAACGUCAAACGGACAUGCACACAACAUCGGCGAGCCGAUCCACAUGACCUUGCACGAGGUGCGACAGUACCUGCAGACGUUGUACUCGAGCUCGAGCGAUUCUAGCGAGAAUAAGAUCAAACGGGACAAGGCUCCUCUGCUGGGCCACACGCCAGUGCAUCUCGCCGGGACGCCCAAGGCCCUCAGUGUAAAUAAUAAUAAUAGGUAUAACAGUAAUGCGCAUACCGACUCGUCCACGGACACGCCGGUGUCCAACAAAAGCACUAGUAACGGCCUGAUGAUCCAUCACCACAACAACAACAAUAACAAUCACAACAACAAUAACUCGAACAAUGUAAAGAAGCACAAGAGAAACGCGUUCGUCGGCAUCAGGCACAAGAAGGCGCGCGACGAGUCGCACAAGGAGAAGAGCGAGUCCGAGCGGGAGAAGAUGAAGAAGAGUCAGCGUAAUUUCUCGCUGAACCUCAAGCAAACGCUCUGUAACAUCUUCCGAUUUCGGCGAUUGGGUUCCCCGGACCACUUUGUGGAAAAACGGAACAGCAUCGUGCAGGGAGAGAUUGUCGAGGAGGAGGAGGGCGUCGAUUCCGACCAGCACACCAAUAACAACAACACCGCUCCGUCUGAGGUGGAGCCAUCCGCGCAGAAGCUGCCGUUCUUCAAGCGCGCUCUGCCACCCCUGCCCAAGAGUAACAGUCAGGUAGGUGUGGAGCAGGCGGAGGAGGCCCUUACAGCGAUGGCGCCCAAGUGCGAGUCGCCGAGCUCGGUACAGCAGCAAGUCCCGCCGCCUGUCACGCGACCGGAAGAAGACGUCGCAGAGGACACGAGCAUGGAUUUUGCAGCCAGUAUCGAGAAAGUGAAGGACUACGGAUGGUAUUGGGGACCUAUAUCCGGCGAGGCGGCGGAGAAAAUACUGUCCAACGAACCGGACGGCUCGUUUAUCGUGCGAGACAGCAGUGACGAUCAUUACAUUUUCUCCUUGUCGUUCAGACUCAACAGUUGCGUGCGGCACGUAAGGAUAGAACACGAUCAGGGUAAUUUUAGCUUCGGCAGCUGCACCAAGUUCAAGUCUCACACUAUCGUAGACUUCAUCGAGAACGCGGUCGAACACUCGCGCAGCGGUCGCUAUCUCUUCUUCCUGCACCGGCGGCCAGUUUUGGGCCCGAUGCGGGUGCAGCUGCUCCAUCCGGUGUCGCGCUUCAAGCAGGUACAGAGCCUGCAGCACACAUGCAGGUUCGUCAUCCUGAAGAUGGUGCGCAGGGAUUUGAUCCCGACCCUACCGCUGCCCCGACGGCUCAUCGACUAUCUCAGCACGCCCCAUUAUUACAGCGAGCAGCUGGCGGCCGAGCAGGACGACCGAGCCGAGUCGCCGGUCAGCUCGUCGACCGGCGAGCUGGAGAAGAUCUGCUUCACGCCGCAGGGUCUCUCGUGAGGUAUAGCCGUAUGACUUUUCCCUCCUCCUCCGCUCCGCUCUCUGUGCAAAGGGACGCUCGCGCCGAGCGUCGCCCGCGGCGUUUAACGCAAAUUUAAUUCGCGGUUUAAUUAACUAUUCGCAACAUGUAAAAAUUUACAUCGCCAUUUGACUCGGACUUCGCCGAUGUGCAGAAAUUUCGGGGGGGCUGCUGGAUUAAAUUCCGGCUGGAUAUAAUACGGGAUACGUCUCGUCUCUAGCUGCAUUAAAAUACUUAUGUUAUACAGGGUGCUCUCGGAUUAAAUGGCCAAACUUGAAAGAUGUAUUUAGGACCUCAAAGCAAGAAAAAUUUUCCUCUGGAAAUGUGCUCGUAAACGUUCCGUUCACGAGAUAUUGACUUCUGAAGUUAUGAACUGUUAGGAAUGAAUAAUUUCGAAAUAAUUUAGAUUUAUCCUCUUUAUUGCUUUUUAAUAAUAAAAAUUUAAUUAAACAUUUUGUUCAAAAUGAUAGCCUCCAGCUUGGAGACAUGCAUUGCACCUAGCGAUGACAGAAUGAGUGGCUGACUGACACUGUGCGUCUGUAAUUUCGUUACACGCCUGCGCUAUCCUCCGUUUUAAUGAUUGAAGAUCAUUAACAGGCACUUCAUACCAGUUUAUUCGACGAAAGCAUUCAACGAACUAAGUACGAUGAUACGACGCUUUGUUUACCAUGCAAAUAAAAGCCUAUCAAUGACCUUCGAUUUCGUAAACAAAGUUCCGUCGUACUGAAUGUUUUGCGAUUGGUUUUUAAAUCAAACGAAUUAUGAUUUACAAUUCUCGCAAAACAUUUUAUGGACAGAUGAAGCCAUAUUUACCAAACAAGGAAUUCUGAAUCAAAGAAAUAGUCAUAUUUCGAAAUUAUUCAUUCCUAAAAGUUUAUAACUUCAGACGUCAAUAUCUCUUGAACGGAACGUUUACGAGCAUAUUUCCAGAGGAAAAUUUUUCUUGCUUUGAGGUCCUCAAUACAUCUUUCAAGUUUAGCCAUUUAACCCGGGAGCACCCUGUAGACGCGCAAUUAAUUUUCUAGUUCGAGUAACUCUGUUGUUUACAUGUAAAAACUCUAUUCUUGCUAUUUCAUUGAGUUCACGUCAGCGAAUAAGAGCUCAAUUCCUUAGCUUGAGUGAACACACGUUAACGUAGAAAAAUUCAACGUUUGCCGCUAAAUUAAAUUCUAGUUAACAUAAAGGAAUUUAAUUGGCAGCUUAAUUGAAUUAUGCCUUAAUGUGCGGAAAUGUAAUUGACGAUCGAAUUAAAUUUUCGUCCCGGACAUGCCGGAAUUUAAUUCGUGACUUUAUUGGAUUUUUGUUAUCGUCGACGUACGACUAACGAUUUUUUCGCUUAUGAUUUCAACUUGGACGAUUUAUGGCGUAUCGAUUCGUAAAGUGAGUAUUGUGAUUAAACUUGAAAGUAGAGGAAUAUAUAGAGAAAUUUCCGUGUGCACCAUAUAUCUAGAGCUGCAAGUUAUGGUCGUGUCAAGCUGAUUUGUUCGCCGAGGGAAAGGAAUCGAUUUCAUUUUGUUUCGACGGAAGUCGCGAUAUCGCAUAUCGCGACGUAUUCGACGUAUGUGCCACGCUGACACGGGACUUUUUCAGACGACAUAGUUUUCUUUCCUCGAAGAUAAACGCGCGAUUCCGUGCAGUUUCCGUCGCAGCUAAAUGUUAAACUGUUUGCGGUGAUACAACCGUCGUUAACCCCGAGGUGGCUAAUCGAGGAGAGAUCAGUUUCUUCUCUCGUCGAACAAUUACUUGACGAUUACAUGUCCGUUGUUAAUUUGUGCGGUACAACUUUGGAGGCAAAGAGAAUAGAGGAGACGCGCCGAGACCGAGCUGAGCGUAAACAAAUUCUGUAUAGUCCCUUUCUAGUUCAGUUCCUUUUUAUCGACUAUAACGAAUGGCAAGAUUACAUGUGACAUAAACCACGCACAAAAUAUCCGUUUAUACGUACACGUAUAAGUACAUAUAUAAAUAUACACAUACACGUAUAUACUGAGGAAAGGGAGGGAGAAAGAGAGACAGAGACACACGCGCAGUGGUCGGAUGAAAAUUUUGCGUGCCAUACUUGCCAUUUUUUAUUAUGCAAAUCAACAUUGAUAUUUCAUUGAAGAUUACGUUUAGCGUUUAUUCGUUGCAGCCGUGCUUCCUGUUGAACUCGAUAGUAGAUAGAAUAUUCUUAUAAUUCAGUUUGCGUCUUUGGAGUCGAUUUAGUUGAUUUAGAUUGGCUAAAUUGCUAGAUGGUCAAAUCGACAAGGUGAAGGCAUGGGAUAGUGCGAAUCACGUAGUUUUGUAGAAAUUCUUGCAUUUUUCUUUUACGAAUCGAUUACGCGUAACCAUGGAAAGUUGUCUCGAUUGUAAAGACUCUUACAAGUGUAUAACCAAAGGAAAUUCUGGCAAUAUUUAAAGGGUAGCUAAAUGCUUACAAUGCGCAAUUCGAAUGUUGCAUGAUUUCUCGUUUAAGUAACCGACUUUAAGACUAACAUUUAGUUGAUAGAAAGGCAAGUAACGAAACGUUAGUGACUGGUGCUAUACGAAAUUAUAUUCUUCAUUUUCGUGCGCAAUAAGAAUAGUC